CACCAUCCAGCAAGUUGGAUCAAAAGUGAUUAGUUUUAUUGCAUUGAUCCAAGUGAUCCAGAUUUCCAGCCACGCAUCAAACCUACCUGGGUGGGCUGGGCACACGAUGAUAAAGGGUUCGCAGGUGUACCAGGUGGUGGAGGCGAUGGCGCCGCUGUACACUUCGGCGGCGCUCGGGUACGCGUCGGUGCGGUGGUUCAGGGUCUUCUCCAGCGAGCAAUGCGCAGGGAUCAACCGCUUCGUCGCGCUCUACGCCGUGCCGGCGCUCAUCUUCGAAAUGGUCUCCACCAACGACAUAUACAAGAUGAACGGCCGCCUCGUCGCCGCCGACACGCUGCAGAAGGUGGCGCUGCUGCUCGGCCUCGCGGCGUGGGCGCUCUGGGAGCGCUCGCGCUGCCGCGAGCGCGGGGGAACCAAGCCGUGGGUGUCCUCUCCGCUGCAGUGGGUGGUGACGUGCUGCUCCGUGGCGGCGCUGCCCAACGCCAUUGUCAUCGGCGUCGCGCUCCUCAGCGGCUUGUACGGACCCGUGGCCAGGGAGUUCGUCAAGCAGAUCGUCAUCAUGCAGUUCUGCAUCUGGUACAACGUCGUCAUCUUCCUCUACGAGUACAUGGCGGCGGCGCGUCGAGCCUCAUCGGCGCCGGCGCCGGGCGGCAGCGCCAGGAUCAGCCCUUCGCCGCCGGUGGAAGCUGUGGCGGCGGAGAACGGCGCCGGUAGCACUAACGCAAACGGCGCCAGCAAUAUCGCGGCCGAGCGGCCUCAAGAAUUGGCGGUGAACAUUGAGAACACAGAGCUAGCGACGGCGGCGGCGCCCGCGGCACGAGAUGGCUUGCCGGAUGGGACGGCGACGACCACCAGUGAGGAGGUCUCUGCGCCGGCGCCGUCGAUGAAACAAGUCGUCUGGAUGGCAGUCAAGAAGGUUCUACAGAUUCCGAACACCUAUGCAAGUUUACUUGGCAUAUUCUGGGCUCUAAUCUCAUUCAAGUAUGGAAUCGUGAUGCCAAAGAUCAUCGCGGACUCCCUGUUCACCAUACGCACCACAGCUGUUGGCCUCGGCAUGUUUUCUUCAGGGACGUUCAUAGCGCGGCAGUCGCGGCUCGUCCCGUGCGGGUACAAGACCGCGUCGUUCGCCAUGAUCCUCAAGUUUCUGGUAGGCCCCGUGGCGAUGCUGCUCGCCUCGCUCGCCGUCGGCAUCCACGGCACGUUUCUGCGCAUCGUCGUUGUGCAGGCGGCUCUCCCGCUGUCCCUGACUUCAUUUGUGUACGCUGAAGAGUACAAGGUCUACCCAGACAUCAUGAGCACGGGGGUUAUUCUUGCGAUGUUUAUAUCACUUCCUGUCGCAAUUCUGUACUCUAUUCUAUUAGAGCUGUGAUUCAGAUAUCUGGACUAGUGGAAGGCUGAAAUUGCAUGUUCUGAUGUGCAUACGUAGGAAGACAGAGCAACUGCCAAAAAAAAAAAAAGAAUACAAACAGUAACUGAAGAUUGACAUCACCAAGGCUUUUAUAUCAGGAGGAGAGAGUGGAAUGCGACUGUAUUGUUCGUUGAAAUUGUAAAAUAAGAUUCACCGCAAAAACGCAGCAGGAUACGUAUGGUAAUAUAUACUGAAACCCUUUUUCGAAUAAGAUAUGCUGAACUUUUACGGUGUACCGUAAGUAAUAUAGAGAAAUGGGUUACAAAACCACCCGUUGAUUCUUAAAAAAACAAAGAAA